AUGUACGUGAAAUCAUCCGUGCGGGGUCCGCAACUCGCCGGGGCCCCACGGCCGACCGUGGGACCCGCCGCCCGCCAUUCGCGUUUAUGGCUAUGGGCGCAUUUACUGAUAGCAGUUUACAAUGUGUGGGAGCGAUUCCGUCGGCCGCCAGGUGCGGGGCGAGCGGGGGUGUGGGGUCCCGCGGGGAGGGGGGGCGCGCUUCCCAGCUGCGCGGGCGACGACACACAAUGCCCGCGCGAUCGGUGUGACCCUUUCCGCAAUCGGCUUAUCGAUAUCGACGUCGACGCUGCGCGGGCGCAUCACUGGAGCCGGCGCGGACUGCGAGGCGGCGAUGCGAUCCCGCGGGCGUGCGUGACCGCAUCCUGGGCGCGCCGCGGACCGCUGCGCGCGCGCGGACAUCCCGUCGCGGUGGGCGACGACCACAGAGCCAGCAAACGACAGACCGGCCCACAAAACCCAGAAAAAGCCGGUACAGAUGUCCACGGGCGGCGGUUAUCACUUAACAUCAGGGAGACGUACCACGAAAAUCCGUGCCGGCGAUUAAUCCGCAACGGCACCGAGGGAAAAAGGGAACCGAGAAAGGAAAAGAUAAAAGAGAGAAAAAAAAGUAAAAGUAAAAGGGAAAAAGAGUCGACGGAGAGAAACAAGCGAGCGCGGCUCAAUAAACCUGCACUCGGCGGAGGAAUACUUGAAGCCGCGCGUCGCAUCGCGUCUCGCGGGAGUCGCGGGCAUUUUUUACGCCGGGUCAACUCUGCCUCCUCCCCCCCGUUCCCCGCGCCCCCCUCGAGUCGCUUGGGGGCCGCGACCCACCCGGGGAGGGCCGGGAGGGUUAAU